CCCUUAUUUAUCACCUGCUCCUGUCUGGAUUGCGAUAUUUCCGACGGCACUUUAAGGCGGCAUUAGUUAGACGUUUUGCGUCGCUCCUGACAAACAAACCACUGGAACAAACAGAGUAAACAAAUAUGAAACGACCUGGAAAUGUAAUCACAGUCUAUUUAGGAACAUUUACUCUUCUGCUUUGCCUGUAUUCAGUCAGAGGUGACUACUGUAAAAUUAAUCUUUGUCACAAUGGGGGAACGUGCGUGACGGGGGUAGGAGAGGACCCCUUCAUCUGUAUCUGCCCGGAUGGCUUUGGCGGCGACACCUGCAACCUGACGGAGACAGGACCUUGCAGCCCGAACCCCUGUAAGAACGAUGGGUCUUGCGAGUUCUUCAGUCCGGUCAGACGAGGAGAUGUCUUCAGCGAGUACAUCUGCAAGUGCCAGCCCGGCUUCGAGGGAGUGCACUGCCAGAUCAACGUGAACGAUUGUGCCAACAAGCCUUGUAUGAAUGGAGGGGUGUGUCGAGACCUUGAUGCCGACUACACCUGCCAGUGCCCGUCGCCGUAUGUCGGAAAGCAGUGCAACCUACGUUGCAUCUCUCUGCUGGGGAUGGAAGGAGGAUCAAUCGUGGAGUCCCAGAUUUCUGCUUCCUCCGUGCACUACGGCAUGAUGGGUCUGCAACGCUGGGGCCCGGAGCUGGCUCGACUCAACAACCAAGGCAUCGUCAACGCCUGGACGUCAGCCACCCACGACAGGAACCCCUGGAUCGAGAUUGAUAUGCAGCAGAAAAUGCGCCUGACGGGCAUCAUCACCCAGGGAGCCAGCCGCAUGGGCGCGGCCGAGUACAUCAAGGCCUUCAAAGUGGCGAGCAGCUUCGACGGAAACUCUUACACCACUUACAAAGCGUCUGGCCAACGGAAAGACAUGGUUUUCGUGGGCAACUCAGAUAACGACAGCACCAAGACCAACCUCUUUGACCCUCCCAUCGUGGGUCAGUACAUUCGCAUCAUCCCCGUGGUUUGCCGCAGGGCCUGCACGCUGCGCAUGGAGCUGGUGGGCUGUGAACUCAAUGUUUAUUCAAACGCCGCAGGUUGCUCAGAGCCUCUGGGAAUGAAGUCCCGCCUCAUCUCGGACGAGCAGCUUUCGGCCUCCAGCACUUUCCGCACGUGGGGCAUCGACACCUUCACGUGGCACCCUCAGUUUGCCCGGCUGGAUAAAGUGGGGAAGACCAACGCCUGGUCCCCCGCUCAUAACAACCGCUCUGAGUGGAUCCAGGUUGAUCUUGGGAAGACAAAGCGCCUCACAGGCAUCAUCACUCAGGGGGCAAAGGACUUCGGGGUGGUUCAGUUUGUGUCAGUGUUUAAAAUCGCUUAUAGCAAUGAUGGCGAGUCAUGGAGAACGGUGAAGGAGGAGGACACCAGCAAAGAUAAGCUUUUCCAAGGAAACACUGACAACAACUCUCACAAGAGGAACCUAUUCGAGUCUCCGUUCUACGCUCGCUAUGUUCGAGUCGUGCCCUGGGAGUGGCACGAACGCAUCACUCUGCGCAUGGAGCUGCUGGGCUGCGAUGACUAGAGCCUGAGAACGGACUCGUCUCUUUUGCACUCACGUUUCGUGAAUAGCUUGGACUUUAACACUCGUAGCACUUUCUGAUUAGUGACUUAUUUGUUGGUUUAUAAAAGUGUUUCAUAUUGCAGCUUUUCAAUGCUCACACGAGUCCCCUAUUGAGCUUUUAGUUAUUUUCUUUUCGUCUAUGUAACUUUUGCACAGAUUUGAUCUGUAUAAUUAAGUCCAUCUAAGAAUGCAAACACAAACUAGGAUAAUUAUGCCGGGACCGUUCAAUACAGAUUCAGGAACAGGAAGUGUGUCCAAGAGUAGAAAAUUGAUUUCUCACUUGAAGUUUGCUUUUUUUACACACUCUGACAUUUUUUUUUUCUGCUUCAUUAUUUCAUGUAAUUUCAUUGUAAUUUAAUCCUUUUUACAACUAAUGUGAAAUGUGUAGAAGGAUGUGUCGGGGAAAUAAAAGUUGUUUUACAUUUUUCA